CCGAAAAUUUAGCUGUCAGUGUCAAAUUGGAACAAACAAAGCGGGAUUAUUCUAAAGUUUAAGUGAGUGUUUACUGUGAGUGUGUGUUAAAGAAUGGAUUCUAGGGUAAGGGCAAGUCCCGAACAACUCUCAACUCUACUGGAGUAUAUGGAAAGUCAUGGGGACCUGGCUAGGCCUGUUGCAGGGGCACAAGGUCGAGUACGGUCAGACCAAUUAUGGUCUGAUCUUACUAAUAUAUUAAAUUCCGUUGGUGGUGGUGUCAACAAAACAACAGACAAGUGGAAAAAAGUAUGGGCCGAUUUAAAAUCCAAGACUAAGAAAAAAGGUCUGACCUUGCGGCAACAUGCCAGAGGGACUGGAGGUGGACCGGCUAGCCAGAAAUCCUUGUCGCAUUUGGAGGAAAGGGUUCUGGCUAUUAUCGGCCCAACAGCAGUGGAAGGACAAGACUCUAUACAAGAGCUUGGAUUUAGUAGACCUCAAUCUUCUGCACCUGCACCCUCUCAAUCAUCUGCAGUUGUUGCCCAAGAAGAUGAUCCAGUAUAUGUGGACUAUGGUGGUGGUGUGGUUAAAUAUUAAAAUAAGUAGAUAAGUAUAUUGAUAAGUUAAAAGACUGGAUACUUAUUAAAAUUGUUAUAUUAUUAUUAUUAUUUUCUUUUUCAUUUGAUACUAACUUAAGAAAAUAUACUUAAGCUUAAAUAAAAUGAAACUAUAAAUUAUAUACAGACAGAAUUAUCUAGUCAGUAGAAUGCUGCAUUCUACUGACUAGAUAAUUUCACAUAGCCCUUCCUCGAAUUAACUUGUUUUGAUUAGUGUUGGUUGUAGAGGUGUUAUGCUGUAUACUUUGAUCUUCACUACCAUCAAGAGCCUCAGCUGGCAUAUCUGUUGGAGCAGGUAGUUUAGCAUGUAUUGCAAUAUUAUGCAAUACACAACAUGCGUUAAUAAUUCUGCUAGCCACGUAAGGCUGAUAGUGAAGAACACGGUGUCAAAGCAUACACCUCCAACGAGCCUUCAGUAAUCCAAAACAUCGUUCUAUGCGAGAUCUGGCUUGCACAUGACGUCUGGUAUAUAUUUCUUCUUGGGACCCUUGUUCAGCAUCUAGUAUAAGCGUCAUCAACCAAGGUCGCUGUGGAUAUCCAGAAUCCCCUGAAAUUACAUACUCAAUAAAUAUUUUAUCCUACUACUAUUAUAAAGGCGAAAGUUUGUAUGGAUGUUUGUUA